AUGCGUAUAUAUAAAUAUUUAUACAUGAGCUGGUAUAAAUAUACAUAUAUAGUCUUAUAUAUAUGUGCAUAUAUACUUAUCAAUACAGAAACCAUCUAAAACCAUAUAGAAUAACAGUGAAAAAUUUGGUGUAACAGUUUUUAGGUUCGAAUUCCUGUUGGGUACAUGAAUACAUAAUACGUCUACAUAAUACAUAUAUAUGUACGUAUAUAUGUAUAUGUGUGUGUGUCUAUAAGCACAUAUAUAUAUACAUAUGUUUUAGACAUAUAUAAUUGUAUAUAACAGUUUAUUUAUUUCUUCAAAUCAUUUUUAUUUAUUUUCUCUCAUUCAUCCUUUUUUAACGGUGGUUAUUCAUUAAUCACGAUAAACUCAUACUUAGACGUACAUAUACUCAUAUAUACACACGCAGUACUUGUAUAUAUACAUAUAUAUUCGUAUAUAUAUCUAUAUAUAUAUAUACGUAUAAAGAUAUACAUUUAUAUACAUACGUAUAUACAUAUAUAUAUAUAUAUAUACACACACAUAUACAUAUAUAUUUAGGUACUCCACACCAUACGUGUCGUAUAAGUGGAAUAUAAAAAACCAAAGUAGAUUAUUGAUAAUAAGUAAGCUUGAGAUCGAAGUUACAAAAUGCCCCGACCAGGUCGUAACAGCUACAGCGAUCAGAAACCGCCUUAUUCGUAUAUUGCGCUCACAGCCAUGGCUAUACAAAGUUCUACUGAAAAAAUGCUGCCGUUGAGCGACAUAUACAAAUUCAUUAUGGAUAGAUUUCCUUUCUAUCGACAGAACACACAGAGGUGGCAGAAUUCACUGCGACACAACCUCUCUUUUAAUGACUGCUUCAUUAAAAUACCUCGCAGACCGGACAGGCCAGGUAAAGGCAGCUAUUGGGCUCUGCAUCCGCUCUGUGGGGAUAUGUUCGAGAAUGGAAGUUUUCUGCGUCGCCGGAAGCGUUUUAAGUUACAUAAAUCUGGCGGGUCAUUGAUGUCGGAGACGUUAAAGCAAGGUUUAGAGUCAGCCAGUUACCUCCAGGAACAAACUAGGCUGCGACUACAGCAGUAUGCUACCCCAAUAUCACAUUUCCAGCCGUACAGCGGUUCUGGCAACUGUACACACAGCUACAAGCAACCGUUCACAAUUGAGAACAUUAUAGCUCCUGAAUUUAAAAGUACUGUUGUGCCCCAACCGCUGAUACCGACUCCGCUGCCAGCGUUCGCUAGUCAAUUUGCGGCCGGAAUGUCGAUGUCGGGUUUUGUCGCCCCUUACUCGACUUCUGAUCUUGCUUCCUCUUUGUCUUCGUCAUUGACCUCAUCGGCGCUAAGCUCAAUAGCGCCGACCUUUGCAGCCCACCUCAACGGGGAUUUUCACCCUCACCAACACGCCACACACGCCACACACCCGCAUCAAGUUUUGAAGCCGUCUAACCACCAACAUCAGACAUCGCCGGCCGUACCUGUCCCUAUUAAACCUUCACCGUUACCACCCCUAACCCUGGGACAUUCACCACACACGGGUGCCUUCGGGGCUCUUGCCCCGCCAGGACAUCUAAGCAUACCCUCAUCUCUAGCCCUCACAACAGCCGCAGCUGAACUUUUAGGCACAUCUUCACCCAUUUCCUCUUCGUCCUCUAAUACAGCCAGCAGCACGUCAAGGUGACCUUUGUAAUCAACAGAUCGAUAAACAAAUAAAAUAAAACACAUGCCAAAACAAACACAAAUAAACUAAAACACAUAACUUAUGACUUCGACUGUUGUCCCUCUGAACUUGAUCUGAAAUACCAAGAAAGGGACAAAAAAGAAUAAAAAUUACUUGGAUGGAAUUGAUGACAAAUAAAUAAAAAAAA